AUGAACUACUGGGUGUACCUAGGCGAGCAGUAUGUGAAUAGCUCCACGCUAUUAGAUGUUACCUUUCUAGUUGAAGGCAAGUGCUUUUAUGCACACAGAAUUGCUCUGCUUGCUUCUUCAGAUGCAUUUCGUGCAAUGUUUGAUGGUGGCGACUGGGAGAAGGAUGCAAGAGACAUUGAGAUUCCUAACAUAAGAUUGGAGGUCUUUGAAUUGAUGAACCUAAGUGUAGUUCCUUCUUCUAGUCAUGAUACUGAAGGUUCUGAUGAUCGGUUGAGAUCACUACUGAUAUCGCGCAAGAUCUUCUAUGAGCUGCAUAUCAGUAUCUUCUUGAGGGUCUUAAACGCCUAUGUGAAUAUGCCAUUGCACAAGCAUUCUCUUCUAAUCCAGCAAAUAACUCCAGAGAUCCGCAACUACUUUGGCUUGUACAGUUGGAGCAUUUCUGCACCAAACAUCUAUUUCCAAAGGGGGGCAAGUCGGGGUGCUCAUAUAGAUAGUUGCGUAUUGACAACUUCAACUGGAAAUGCUCGUCAGGGUGUCCUCGAUAUCAAAGUAAAGAUCAUGUUGGAUUGGGAUCCUAAAGGAAAGCAGGACCCCAUGACUCCUUUGCCAGAUCAUGUUACAAUUCAUGCCCCAAAGGAGGAAGAGUUAAUCCAACCUCCUGUUCUGCCUCUAGAGAUUUAAUUUGAAUGCUACAACCUUUGCAAAAGGAAUUAGGAUUACAUUUCUUCUUGAUAAGCUUGCGGCAGGCGUUCUUCUUGCUAUUGAAAUCCGACCAUAUCAUAUCAAUAAGACUUCCGGAGAGAUUGCAUUUCCUUCCAUGAUGUGUGUUUAAUAUUUUGCAUAUCAGUUGACAAUUCAGAAUUGUUUUGGCCAUUGCCAAAUGCUUCAAACCAUGUAAUUCUUUAUCGAUUCAGUGAUAAUUUAAGUGAUGGUUUUGAUUAAAGGUUUUCUAUAGUA